AUGGUCUCUACGGAACCAGAACCCACAUCGAAGGAAGUGACUAAGGCUACCCCAUUUCUAGAACCUGGAGACACCAUUUUGCUCGAGAUGGAGGUACAAGAGGAUAUCCCUGCAGAACUUGAAGCAUUUGUGCAGCUCGCCCGUCUGUCUCUUUUUCAAGAAGCCGAGAACUGGUUUAUGGCCUGCCUUUCGCGCUAUGGUCAUAUGUUCCCUGUCCUUGCAGAAUAUACGGAUAUGCUUCUGCAAAAGGGAUCAUACUCCAAACUCGUGGAAAUUCUGGAUAACAUCGACCCUAAUUCCCUGACCGCACUGGGCUACACAAACAUCACCGACGUAUUGCACCUUUUCAAAUUCAUGAAAUCCUUAGCCACUUUACGUUGGAAAGGAAUGCCAAAGGAGGGACUAUCAAUUGUAAAGGAGUGUUGGGAUUAUCUGAACGAGAGAGGUGUUAACGUUUCUGAAAGACUUGACACGGUCCAGAUUCAAAUGGUCGAAAUAUAUCUAGGCAUUGUCGUGGUUGCGUUUCAAUCCAAUUUACUUGAAGGAAAAGACAAAUACACAAAUCCACCAUGGACAGGACUUGAGUCGCCACGAUGGUCUGGAUUUCGUGCCCUAUACACGACCUUAAGGAAGGACGGCUUCCACUGGGAAGCACAAUAUGUUCAAAGCAUGCUUCUUCCUGUUGUCUCAUUCGAGGACGUGAUGAGUACGUUUGUCCAGAAGGGCCAAUUUGCGACUGUGGUAGGGGCCAUUCAGGCAUGCCAAGUCGACGAAUCCGUGGUGCUUACGGAGCUGAUCAUCUCCAACCAAAUAUGCACGUAUCUGCUGGAGUGGCAGCCACUUUUGAUCAUUCUCGCUGAAGCUUAUCUCAACGCUUCCCGCUCCUUGAAGGCAGUGCUUCAUGCAAAUAGCAAAAUAGACAAUAUUGAACAGGGACGCCCACUUUUGCAAGUCAAAAAUCUAGAGGAGCUUUGCGACCAAGUGAAAAGCGCGCCUAUGUCACUUGCAGCUGAGAAGGGACACCAGGGGGUAGUCAGGCUGCUACUUGAAAAGGGGGUUAACAUGGAGACGAAGGGCCCUGGGAACAGAACGACGCUCCACAUAGCAGCCGAAAACGGGCAUAAUGACAUAGUCGGAAUGCUACUCGAGAAAGGCGCCAAUAUCGAGGCAAAGGACAAGGCUGGCUGGACGCCAUUGUGGUGCGCCGUGGUGAAGGGGCAAGAGGGCAUUGUUAGGCUACUACACGAGAAAGGCGCUAAUAUCGAGGUAAAAACCGAGUUUGGCCGAACGCCACUCUCGUGGGUUGCCGAGAACGGACAUGAGGGUAUUGCUAAGCUACUCCUCGAGAAAGGUGCUGAUAUCGAAGCAGAGAGUAGCAAACAAAGCGGAACACCGCUCUCAUGGGCUGCCGAGAACGGCCACGAGGGCAUUGUUAAGCUACUGCUCGAGGCGGGCGCAAAUAUCGAAGCGAAGACUACCUCUGGUCGAACGGCGCUCUCGUGGGCUGCCAAAGGGGGGCAUAGGAUUAUUGCCGAGCUCCUACUCGAGAAGGGUGCCAAUAUCAAAGCAACAGAUAACUCUGGUCGAACGCCGUUGUCAUGGGCCGCUGAAACGGGGCACGAGAAUAUAGUUCAACUGCUGCUCGAGAAGGGUGCCAAUAUCGAAACGAAAAUCAUGAAUGGCCAGACGCCGUUGCUAUGGGCAGCAGAGAACGGGCACGAAGAUAUAUUCAAACGGCUGCUCGACAAGGAUGCCAAUAUCGAGGCGACAGACAACUACGGUCGAACGCCGUUGUCGUGGGCCUCUAAAAAGGGACACGAGGAUAUAUUCAUGCUACUGCUCGAGAAAGGUGCCAAUAUCGAGGCGACAGACGACCGUGGACGAACGCCGUUGUCAUGGGCCGCUGAAACGGGGCACGAGAAUAUAGUUCAACUGCUGCUCGAGAAAGGUGCCAAUAUCGAGGCGACAGAUAAUUCUGGUCGAACGCCGUUGUCAUGGGCCGCUGAAACAGGACACGAGAAUAUAGUCAAAUUUCUGGUCGAGAAGGGUGCCAAUAUCGAGACGAAAAUCAAGAAUAGCCAGACGCCGCUGCUAUGGGCAGCAGAGAACGGGCACGAAGAUAUAGUCAAAUUGCUGCUCUUGAAGGGUGCUAAUGUCGAGGUGACAGACAACCUUGGUCGAACGUUGCUGUCGCUGGCCGCUAGGAAUGGGCACGAGGAAAUAGUCAAAUUGCUGCUCGAGAAUGGUGCUAAUAUCGAGGCGACAGACAAUUCUGGUCGAACGCCACUAUCGUGGGCCUCUAGGGACGGGCAUAAGGGUAUAGUCAAACUGCUGCUCGAUAGUGGUGCUAAUAUCGAGACUACCGAUAACUAUGGCCGAGUGCCGCUGCUGCAAGCAGCGGAGAAUGGGGAUGAGGACGUAUUUAAGUUGCUGGUCGAGAAAGGUGCUGAUCUCGGGGUGAAGACUGUGCUACACCGAACACCGCUCUCGUGCGCUGCGGAGAACGGACAUACAGGUAUUGCUAAGCUACUACUUGAGAUCGGCGUGGAUACUGGGGAAAAAGACAAGUUUGGCCAGACGCCGCUUCAGUUAGCCGUUUCAAAUAGGCACAGGGACAUAGUGAAAUUGCUGCUUGACGGGGGCACCGAUAUCGAGGCGAAAAUAAAAAUUGACCAGACGCCGCUGCUGUGGGCAGCGGAGAAUGGGCACGAAGAUUUAGCCAGAAUGCUCCUCGAUAAUGGUGCUAAUGUCGAGGCGACAGACAACUCUGGGCGAGUGCCACUGCUUCGGGCAGCGGAGAACGGGUAUGAGCGUAUAGUCAAACUGCUGCUCGAUAAUGGUGCCAACGUCGAUGCGACAGACAACUAUGGCCGAGUGCCGCUGCUACGGGCAGCGGAGAAUGGGCAUACGGGUAUAGUCAAUCGACUGCUCGAUAACGGUGCCAAUAUCGAGACGACAGACAAUUCUGGAAGAGCACCACUAUCGUGGGCCGCUGGAAACAGACAUGAGGGUAUAGUCAGACUACUGCUUGAUAAUGGUGCCAACAUCGAGGCGACGGAAGAUUCUGGACGAACGCCAUUGUCCUGGGCCUCUGAAAAUGGGCACGAGGAUAUAAUCAAAUUGCUGUUCGAGAAGGGUGCCAAUAUCGAGACGAAAAUCAAGAUUGAUCAGACGCCGCUGCUAUGGGCAGCGAAGAACGGGCGAGAAGAUAUAGUCAAACUGCUGCUCGACAAGGAUGCCAAUAUCGAGGCGACAGACAAUUCUGGACGAACGCCGUUGUCAUGGGCCGCUGAAUCGGAGCACGAGAAUAUAGUCAAAUUGCUACUCGAGAAGGGUGCCAAUAUCGAGACGAAAAUCAUGAAUGGCCAGACGCCGCUGCUAUGGGCAGCAGAGAACGGGCACGAAGAUAUAGUCAAAUUGCUGCUCUUGAAGGGUGCCAAUAUCGAGGCGACAGAUAACUUUGGUCGAACGCCGUUGUCGUGGGCCUCUGAAAAGGGGCACGAGGAUAUAUUUAUGCUACUGCUCGUGAAAGCUGCCAAUAUAGAGGCGACAGACGACCGUGGACGAACGCCGUUAUCGUGGGCCUCUGAAACGGGGUACGAGAAUAUAUUCAAGUUGCUGCUCUUGAAGGGUGCCAAUAUCGAGGCGACAGACAACUCUGGACGAACGCCGUUGUCAUGGGCCGCUGAAUCGGAGCACGAGAAUAUAGUCAAAUUGCUACUCGAGAAGGGUGCCAAUAUCGAGACGAAAGUCAAGAAUGGCCAGACGCCGCUGCUAUGGGCAGCAGAGAACGGGCACGAAGAUAUAGUCAAAUUGCUGCUCUUGAAGGGUGCCAAUAUCGAGGCGAUAGACAACUCUGAACGAAGGCCAUUGUCCUGGGCCACUGAAGAGAGGUACGAGGAUAUAUUUCAAUUGCUGCUCGAGGAAGGUAUCGAUAUCGACGCGAUAGACAAUUCUAGACGAACGCCGUUGUUGUUGGCCUCUGAAAAGGGGUACGAGGAUAUAGUUCAACUGCUGCUCGAGAAAGGUGCCAAUAUCGAGGCGACAGAUAAUUCUGGUCGAACGCCGUUAUCGUUGGCCUCUGAAAAGGGGUACGAGAAUAUAGUUCAAUUGCUGCUCGAGAAAGGUGCCAAUAUCGAGGCGACAGACAACUCUGGACGAACGCCGUUGUCAUGGGCCGCUGAAACGGGGUACGAGAAUAUAGUUCAAUUACUGCUCUUGAAGGGUGCCAAUAUCGAGGCGACAGAUAACUCUGGACGAACGCCGUUGUCGUGGGCCGCUGAAACGGGGUACGAGAAUAUAGUUCAAUUACUGCUCUUGAAGGGUGCCAAUAUCGAGGCGACAGAUAACUCUGGACGAACGCCGUUGUCGUGGGCCUCUGAAGGAAGGCAAAAGGAUAUAUUCAAACUGCUGCUCGAUAAUGGUGCUAAUAUCGAGGCGACAGACAAAUUUGGUCGAACCCUGCUGUCGUUGGCCGCUACGAAUGGGCACGAGGAAAUAGUCAAAUUGCUGCUCGAGAAAGGUGUCGUUAUCGACGCGAUAGACAAUUCCAGACGAACGCCGUUGUCGUUGGCCUCUGAAAAGGGGUACGAGAAUAUAGUUCAAUUGCUGCUCGAGAAAGGUGCCAAUAUCGAGGCGACAGACAAAUUUGGUCGAACGCUUCUGUCGUUGGCCGCUACGAAUGGGCACGAGGAAAUAGUCAAAUUGCUGCUCGAGAAUGGUGCUAAUAUCGAGGCGACAGACAACUCUGGACGAACGCCAUUGUCGUGGGCCUCUGAAGGAAGGCAAAAGGAUAUAUUCAAACUGCUGCUCGAUAAUGGUGCCAAAUUUUGA